CCCAAUUAAACCCGUUGCUUUCUUUACUAAAACUAAGGCGCAAGCGUGUGGUGAAUCUCGUGAGGCAUCCCGGGUAGAGUUACGUGUUAUCACGUGACUUGAGAAAUCCGUAGAAGAUGGCUGCGCCCUUAACCACGAUGCUAAUUUAGGGGACUUGUUGCUGUAACUUUACUUUUAACUCGAAAUCGAAGCAGAUCGUACCAGUAUUAAGUAUGAAGACGUUUUGUGGACGACCAAACCCUACAACCGGGGUUUUGGAAUGGGUUGCAGAAGACGAGGAAUAUGAUUAUCAUCAAGAGAUAGCAAGGUCAUCUUAUGCUGAUAUGCUGCACGACAAGGACAGAAAUGUAAAGUAUUUCCAGGGUAUUCGAGCAGCAGUAAAGCGAGUAAAAUCACGUGGAGAACGUGCUGUAGUACUGGAUAUUGGUACAGGUACAGGUCUGCUCUCCAUGAUGGCAGUCACGGCAGGUGCUGAUUUUUGUUAUGCAGUGGAGGUUUUCAAACCAAUGGCUGAAGCUGCUGAAAAAAUUGUGCAGAAGAAUGGUUUUGCUGAUAAGAUCAAAAUUAUUAAUAAACACUCAACCAAUGUUACUGUAGGACCAGAGGGUGACAUGCAGUCCAAAGCAAACAUCCUGAUAACAGAACUAUUUGACACUGAACUGAUUGGAGAAGGGGCCUUGCCAAGCUAUGAGCAUGCACAUAAAUAUCUUGUUGAGAUGGGAUGUGAAGCGGUGCCACAUAGAGCAACCAUCUUUGCCCAGCUAGUCCAGUCGGAGCGUCUGUGUAGCUGGAAUCGCAUCAGCCCUAUAAAUGUUGGUGGAGUUCAGAUUGUUUCAUCUUCAAAAUUGAAGCUUUGUGCUGGAGCCCCUUCUGUAUGUGACCUCCAGCUUAGCCAGGUGCCCACUGAAGACUUCCAGCCUCUCAGUGCCAUACUACCAAUGUUCAGUAUUGAUUUCAGUUGUCCAGUGAGUAGCAGUCCAGCAAAGCACACCCACAAAUUCCCUGCCAUUCAGUCUGGCUCUGCUCAGGUUGUCUUGUCUUGGUGGGAUAUCGAUAUGGUCCCAGAUGGUAGCAUAACUUGCACAAUGGCACCAGCAUGGGCUCACCCUGAUCCAGAGAAUGUUCCAUGGCGGGAUCACUGGAUGCAGUGCGUAUAUUUCCUUCCCUUAGAAAAAUCAGUAAAAGAAGGGGAGACUUUGGAGUUAACUGCUUUUCAUGAUGAUUACAGCGUUUGGUACAAUAUUCAUUCUGAAAUCUCUUGCAGCAGUGCUAAAGAAAUUCAGUAUUCAAGACCAGUCUGCACUUGCCAGGCACACAUGGUAUGGACACGACCACGAUUUGGAGAACUCAAUGACGCCCAACGGACAGACUGCUACAUCCGUGCAUUGCAAACGGUCCUGACAUCUGAUGAUUUGUGCUUGAGUGUGAGCGAUGGAUGUCUGCUGCCAAUUUUUGCUCGUAUUCUUGGUGCAAAGAAGGUAUACAGUCUGGAAAGCUUUGGCAUGGCUCAUAAAGUAAUAGAGCAGGUUAUUGCUGCCAACAAUCUUACUGGAACAAUUCAUCUUUUGGAUAGUCGGCCCGAGCUCUUAACUUCAGAAAGUUUUGGAGGUGAAAAGGUAUCGGUGCUAAUUGGAGAGCCCUUCUUCACUUCUUGUUUGCUGCCCUGGCACAGUCUGUAUUUCUGGUAUUGCCGCACUGCCCUUUCUCAGCAUUUGGAAGAUGAUGUCACUAUCAUGCCUCAUUCUGCAUCACUUUUUAUGGUUGCCGUGGAAUUUAAGGAUCUGUGGAGAAUAAGAAGUCCUUGCGGCUCAUGUGAAGGGUUCGAUGUGAGUGUGAUGGAUGAGAUGAUUCAGAAAUCAUUGGAUUUCAGGGAAUCCAAGGAAGCAGAAUCACAUCCUCUAUGGGAAUAUCCAUGUUGGGCAGUCUCAGGGCCAAAAGAGGUCAUGACCUUUAACUUCCGCCAACAUGUUCCAGCAAAUGCGCUGAACUCUCAAGGAACUUUACAACUGCAAAGGGAAGGUCGCUGUCAUGGGGUGGUUUUGUGGAUGGACUAUCAUUUAACUGAUGACAUAACAGUGAGCACUGGACUGGUGCAGCCACCUAAUAAACGGGAUCACUGCAAAUGGAAUCUGCACCACAAGCAAGCCGUUUACUUCUUCAGGUCAGCUUUGGAGAUCACAGAAGAGAAAAUCUGUGUAGUUGAUUACAGUCUUACCUUUCAACCUACCUCUGGUGAUAUAACCAUGAAUUUUGAACCACGACAAUCCAGAGAUGCAAACGUUUAAUAGAAACUAUAUUUUAGGAAAGAAUUAUAUACUCUUUUUAACAGUAUAUGGUAUUAAAAACUGAAUGAGGAUUUUAAAGUCAUUGUGGAUUUACAAUUGUCAAAGGAAUAAGCCUGAUGGGAAACAACGCUGUGAUAAUUUGGUGACUCCAACAAGCCUACCCCAGAACUCAAGUUGAAAGAGGAACUACUGAAAGAAAUUCCAUAAGGAUAAAAGAAGAGUGAGCACAAACAAUGGUUGGUCCAGGUAUUGAAUGCAGGUCCUCAGUUGUGUAGGACAACUGCAAGCAUUUGUACCGAUGUGCCAUUCUUAACUAAGCUAUAAGGUUGAUUCCCACGUGUUGUUUUAUAUUGACUAUAAUACCUGAUGUGUCUUUUGAUCUGUGAGGUUUUCUAAAUCCAAUCCAGACAUUUUCAUCAUUUCCAAAUUUCACCAGUGCCCACCACUGCUUUUAAACAUUGGCUAAGGGCAGAAGCUUUAAUUUUAAAUAUUUAAAAAUAAAUCAAACCCCACAAAUUAUUAAAUCUAAUGUUUCUCAUGUAGAUCUUUCAAUAUUCUGUUGAUUCACACACAUUAAUCUUUUAUGCCUCAUUUUUUAGUCAGCCCGGACACCAUCUGGCAACAAAUAAAUUGUCUUCUGCAUUCAAUACACAUCAUAGUCAAAAAGUAAAAUAUAAAGUAUUAGCAGUGUUUAACAUAACAAAAUUGUUUUGAUACGCUGGAUGCUUUCUAUAAUUUGAAAAGGUGCUUAACUUGUCAUGACCAGUAUAACCUCAAAGUGGAAAAAAAAAUAAGCAAGGGACAAUAAGUAACUUUAAUUCCUAACUAAGCAAAGGGCAAGAUAUUUAUGGCUGAGGGUGGUCAUUCUAAGUUUCCCAUGGCACAGAGCAUCAAAUGAGUAUGUUGCCCAGAAGAAGAUGGAGCAGGCAUGCCAAGGUUUUUCCAGGAUGAGAAACAAUUUUGUAAAACAAGCACUUUGAACUAAAGUCUAUAUUACAGUCACUAUUGGAGUUACACUGGCACCAGGGGGAUGAGACUGUACCAAUGGCUUUGGAACAUGUCUGUAUUACUAAAUUAUGUUUUAUAUUAAAAUAUUAAAACAUCUGUCAGUUUAACUAAAAAAGUAGCAUGCUGAAGCAGCAGUCAUAGUUGUAAAAAUAGAAUACAGAAUAUGUGAUAUACAAACAACACCAAAGCAUCAAUCCCUAU